CCGGAGCCGGAGCCGCAGCGGGACGCGCGGGCGGGCGGCGGGAGGUCCGGGGGGCGCUGACCGGCCUCGCCCGCCCCGCCCGCCCGCAGGGACAAGAUGGUGAAGGAGACCCAGUACUAUGACAUCCUGGGGGUGAAGCCCAGCGCGUCCCCGGAGGAGAUCAAGAAGGCCUACCGGAAGCUGGCGCUCAAGUUCCACCCGGACAAGAACCCGGAUGAGGGCGAGAAGUUCAAGCUCAUAUCCCAGGCUUAUGAAGUGCUUUCAGACCCAAAGAAGAGAGACAUUUAUGACCAGGGCGGUGAGCAGGCCAUCAAGGAAGGAGGCUCGGGCAGCCCCAGCUUCUCUUCGCCCAUGGACAUCUUCGACAUGUUCUUCGGGGGCGGGGGACGGAUGGCUCGAGAGAGGAGAGGCAAGAACGUUGUCCAUCAGCUGUCUGUAACUCUUGAAGAUUUGUAUAAUGGAGUCACAAAGAAGUUGGCCCUCCAGAAAAACGUAAUUUGUGAGAAAUGUGAAGGCGUCGGCGGGAAGAAGGGGUCUGUGGAGAAGUGCCCCCUGUGCAAGGGCCGCGGCAUGCAGAUCCACAUCCAGCAGAUCGGGCCGGGCAUGGUGCAGCAGAUCCAGACCGUGUGCAUCGAGUGCAAGGGCCAGGGUGAGCGCAUCAGCCCCAAGGACCGCUGCGACAGCUGCAGUGGCUCCAAGGUGAUCCGCGAGAAGAAGAUUAUCGAGGUGCACGUGGAGAAAGGUAUGAAAGAUGGGCAAAAGAUUCUGUUUCAUGGAGAAGGAGACCAGGAGCCUGAGCUGGAGCCUGGCGAUGUCAUAAUUGUGCUUGAUCAGAAGGAUCAUAGUGUCUUUCAGAGGCGCGGCCACGACUUGAUCAUGAAAAUGAAAAUUCAGCUUUCUGAAGCCCUGUGUGGCUUCAAGAAGACGCUAAAAACGCUGGAUGAUCGAAUCCUCAUGAUCACGUCCAAGUCGGGCGAGGUGAUCCGGCACGGGGACCUGAGGUGUGUGCGCAACGAAGGGAUGCCCGUCUACAAAGCGGCCCCGGAGAAGGGGAUCCUGAUCAUCCAGUUCCUUGUCAUCUUUCCCGAGAAACACUGGCUGCCUCAGGACAAGCUCCCCCAGCUGGAGGCCCUGCUGCCCCCACGGCAGAAGGUGAGGGUCACGGACGAUAUGGACCAGGUGGAGCUGAAGGAGUUCAGCCCCGGCGAGCAGAACUGGCGGCAGCAGCGGGAGGCCUACGAGGAGGACGACGACGGGCCGCGGGCGGGGGUGCAGUGCCAGACGGCGUGAGCGGCCGCGUGAGCGCCCUGAAUGUAACGUUGGCACAAUGAAAAUGGCAUCGCCU